AUGUGCGAUAUCUACUCGGAUAAUAUGGUCGGCAUCCAUUUAGAGGAUUGCAUAGAUGACUCGCUUGUGCCGAAGAUUCCCGAGAUGGCACCGCUGGCCUCAGGCGUGGCCACGACGUCCCCGGCGGCGGUGAUCGGGGUCCUCCUGGCGCUCGUCGCCGUCGCUGCCUCCCACAGCCUCGGCAUCGGCAGGUGCAAGAAGGUUGACUCUGUAACAGACUUCCAGCCUGACCAGUUCCAAGGUCUCUGGCACGUCAUGGAGAUAUUCAGCACGAGCAGCCACUGCAUGACAAUGACCUUCAAGCGAACCGGCCGCUACACUUUCAAGGUCACGGAGUCUCGGGAGUUCGACCUUCUGCGGCGCUUGGGUCACGACCACACCUUCGCCAACACGGGGACUUUCACCGUCAAACACCCUUGGCAGCCGGCCAAGUUCAGAGCCAGGUGGCCAUCAAACAUCUUCGGUUCCGCCGACGCCACCAUCGUCGACACCGACUACGACUCCUUCGCCGUCCUCGUGGAGUGCCAGCACAUCUUGUUCUUCUUCAGGAGAACCUCUGCCGUGAUCCUCAGCCGCGGGAACAGCUUAGAUCCUGCCAUCGUCAGUAGGCCUCUUUCAUCGCCCCCAGAAAACCGCUUUCCUUCAUGA